CAGUAAAAAGGGUGUGCAAGAGGAUGACGGUAGCACUGGAAGAGCAGAGCAAACAUGGUCAGACACACGUUUGCUUAUUUCCUACUACUAUGGUCACUAGGCCAUGAGUUUUACACCACUGGGAAAAUACAUAAUGGUACCAAGGAGCAAUCUUGGAGAAACCAGAACCUUGAUUCCGUCCCUCUGGAUUUGGAUGUACGGCUGAGAAGGCUCGACUUAUCCAAUAAUUUCAUCAGACGGUUGCACAACCUUGAUUUGCCAUACUUGGAGCAGCUGGACUUGAGCAGCAACCAGCUGGAGCUCAUCUCUGAAGGAGCUAUCAAAGACCUGGCUCUGCUUGAGAAGUUAAAUUUGUCUAAAAAUGCGCUGAACAACAAUUUUGACAGAAACAGCAAUGGCCUGCAAUCCACCGAUGGACUUAAGAGUUUGGACUUAUCACUGAACAAUUUGGGGGACGAAGCAGUGAAACUGUACCUACGAAACAAAUCUUCUCUUGAGCAACUUAAGCUGAGCGGGAAUUCUUUAACACGACUUACACGCUACUUGUUCAAAGAGAGUGAAGGCCUAAGAAGCAUCAUUAUUGAUGACAAUCUGAUAUCAGCAAUCGACAGAGGAACAUUUGAGCCGCUGGGAAAACUUGAGAAACUUAACCUGGCUAAAAAUAACCUCGUUCGUAUAUGCGAUUUCAAACUACAGCAUGUUAAAGAUUUAAAUCUAAGUCGAAAUUCAAUUGAGUUCUUCGUUACUGCUGAGGAUAACCGCAUGUAUAGUCUUGAAAUUCUUGAUCUUAGUCACAACAAACUACUUUAUUUCCCAAUCGUCCCAAAAUUUAACCAAUUGAAAUACCUUUAUUUGCAUCAUAAUAUUGUGGGUUCAUUAACUUCGGAAGCAUCAAUGGUAUCAGAGGUUAAUUCCUUGUACAAUGAAGUUGUCAGAAAGGGUGACGUUAGAAUUCGAAAAAAUAAUCUUCACUCAACCUGGAGACUGAUGCCACUAAUCUAUAUUGACCUCAGCUACAACCACUUUGCAUCUUUUCCGCUGGAAACUUUGAGCCUUCUCACGUCAUUGGAAGAGCUUGACUUCAGUUUUAACUGCGUGCAAAAUCUCACAUGGAAUGUCCGCCGUGACGGCGCAUCGGAAUACGACAGGCAGCUUCAUUUUCGUUCCUUAAAAUACCUAAACAUGCAAAGCAAUGGACUAGUGUCUGUUUCGCCACUCUUUCUCAAGGCACUCACAAAAGUCGAGACGAUAAAUCUCCAAGACAACGCGGUGCAGCCUUGCGCUCCUGAGGGCCAAGUGUCAUCAGCACGGCAAGCAAACUUCAACUCACCGUGUGUUGCCUUUGGAAAAUUGAAAACUCUCAAACAUCUAAGCCUUGAAGACAACAACAUAAAAAGUCUUCAGGCAAAUGCAUUCCAGGGAGGUUCUUUGGUGUCCCUCAACCUAGCUAGAAAUUCUCACAUGAUCAUGCAAGUCGAUUCAUUGGAGGACAUCAAAGAAACGCUUCAGACGUUGACGAUCAGUGAAUUGAACGUAACCAAUUCCGAGCUGGUCUUGCCCUGCAUGCCAAGUCUGAUGCAUCUCAACAUAUCCAACAACAAUCUCAAUGUUUUACCGCAAAGUUUAUGUUGCUCACCUCUAAUAGAACUCAACAUAAGGAAUAACGCCUUUGAGUCUUUGAACUACUCCUUGAUUGAAGCGUUAUCAGAACACCUUGGUGUUAUCAAUUUCAGUGGAAAUUACUUUAGUUGUUGUGACAGCAAUUGGCUGAGCGCCCUGAACAAUUCCAGAAUUAAAAUGCCUGACAUUAAUCACACCGAAUGCUUUACCGGAGACAUCCAUAUCUCUAUCGAAGAAUAUUUGAAAAGUUCUUCACCGUAUUGUUCACUUCACGUAAAAGGGAUUCACUAUGGACAAAUAUUCACAGUUAUUUUGUUUGUAGCUGUAUUGAUAAUAGUGUUCAUUAUGUUCACUCGAAAAAUGUGUUGCCUUAAAAAAUCAUUCAUUGUGUGACAAAUUUGUACAGUCUGUAUACAAUUCAAGGCAAACUUGGUUCUAAAAAAUAUUCUCACUUUGAAGUGACGCUGUUAAUAUUUUUGCAUGUUGUCAGAAACACAAGUACAGUGGCAGUCAAUGUAAGGGUGGUGAGGCUACGCUACCUGGCCACGCCUACUCGGGCUGUGAACCUGUGCCAACCUCGAUCAGAAAGGGAAUUGUAUGAAUCUUACCAAACUUGGUACCAUUCAUGAAAUAAAUGUGGGGCCUGCAGAAGAACUAUAAAGACUACAAAUGUUCUGAAAAGACUAUUCUAUAGCUUUACAGUGCUCCACAAGUCACUAACGGGCUGAUGAGAAUCUUGUGGGUCUGCAGCUUACUUAUACCAUAUUUUCCGCACUGAUUAUAAGGUGCACCUUCAAUGAAUGGCCCAUUUUAAAACUUUGUCCAUAUAUAAGAUAUAUACAUUUGGCCCGCGGGCUGGACUUUGGACACGCCUGCUGUAGUGACUCAAUAUUGGUCCAUAUAUAAGGCGCAACUGAUUAUAAGGCGCACUGUCGGCUUUUGAGAAAAUUGGAGGUUUUUAGGUGCGCCUUAUAGUGCGGAAAAUACGGUAGUUCUAUUAUACUAUACCUUGUUAACAUCAGAAAGACAUUUUUGCUACUUUUUUGGGGGGGUAAAUACUCAAGAAGUCACUAUUUAUGCUAAAAUUGUUGCUGAAAACGUUGCUACAUUUUCAACAAAAACAUGGUAGACAAGUUGUAGCGCUUGCUCACCAGUCAUGACAAGCUUUAUUGUAUAAACAUCCAUACGUGUGCAUGUAAAAUAAAAGAUCAUGUGGCCACCA